UAUAUUAAUACCCUUCACGUAAGAAUCCUUGAAGAGCCACUAUCUUCAAACUUGAUGGCUUCAAACGUACAAAAUUCAUCGCCUGUUUCUUCUGAUUCAAAGCAAUCGGAUGUAGUUGGUUUCCAGAUAUGGAACCUUAUGGGGCAAAUAGGUAGAAUGCGCAAAACUAAUUUAG